AUGUUUACUGGGAUUGUUGAAACUUUGGGUACGAUCUUAUCGUACGAAACCUUAGACUCGUCCGAGUCUGGUGGCAAUGGAGUGUCGAUGGUGAUUGGGGACGCCGCCGCCGUCCUUAGCGACGUGCAAUUGGGAGACUCGAUUUGCACCAACGGGGUGUGCUUGACGGUUACUGAGUUUGAUGAUGCCCGUACCCAAUUCAAAGUUGGUGUCUCCCCGGAAACGUUACGUCGGUCCAACCUUGGUGACCUCAAAAAGGGCGAUAAGGUUGAUCUUGAGCGAGCCGUAAGCUCCAAUACCCGUAUGGGGGGUCACGUCGUUCAGGGUCACGUUGACACUAUUGCCACCAUCACUAAAAAACAGCCUGAGAAUAAUGCUAUCAACUUUACCUUCCAAUUGCGCGAUCGCCAAUACAUCAAUUACAUUGUGGAAAAGGGGUUCAUCUGUGUCGAUGGGGCUUCGUUGACGGUGACUGCAGUUGACUACACCACGGCUGAGUUCUCUAUACAAAUGGUUGCCUACACUCAGGAGAAGGUGGUUAUUUCCGGCAAAAACGAGGGUAACACCGUGAACAUCGAAGUUGACGUCGCUGGCAAACUUAUCGAAAAGCAGGUCGAGUUGGUUCUUACGGGGAUGGUCUCCAAUGAAGACUCUGCCGUGGCCAAGGCGUUGAAUUCUUUGAUCGAGAAGAAAAUCAAGGAGCUCAAGUGA